AACAAAAACAUCGCGGUCUAUAGGACCAAGUUAUAUUCUCAUGAAGAUAGACUUUUUACCCUAGUUUCUAUUUGCAAAAAAAUGUUUUUGUGAGUUGUGCUAGUGAGUUUUAUUAUAAAUAACAUUUUUGUUUUAAUAGCAAAUGUGAUUUUUUGGAUAUAUAAUUUGUGGUAAUUUUGUGGCAAUAAAUAUUUAAUUUAAAAAUAAAGUUAGUUAAUGGCAUUUUCGUAUUGAUGGAUCUUAUCGUAAUAUAAAGGAGUUUGUUUAAAGAGAGAAAUAGAUCAGCUACCUUGUUAUGAAAGUUCUUCAUAUUUUAUUAUUGGCAAUAUUUAUUUAUUUAUCGAAUUGUAAGGAAGAUUUAGAUCUAGAAAAUAUCAAUGUGGCAAAAUUGGCAACAUAUACCUAUGGAACAGAGCUUUUAAUUUUUGAGAACUCUCACUACACCGAGCAAAAUUCAUACAAAUUUGAAGACUUUUUCUGGACUGGCUCUGGCGAUGGACCAACCGAAGAAGCACUGUGGACUUCGGACGGACCCACCGUGAUUUAUAAAACUUCUACAGUUGUUAGUACUGUUUUUCUUGAUACAACUAAGUUUAAUGCGACAAUAAAGCAAUUAAAUUGCACCAUAGAUUGCCAUCCUACAACUACACCAAUUGGAGAAAUAACGCCAACUCCCACCAUCACGGAACGAAAUGGAAUAGAUGAUAGUGACGAUGAACAAAUUAAUUUUUCCAAUGCCAACCAACAAUUUUGGCUUCUAACAGUACUGCAGGGUGAUGGUAAAGAUCCUGCCAUUAUUGAUUUAAAAAAUAGUUUAGCUAAGCUGUAUAAAAUUGCCUUUCAACGACAACAAGCUUAUCAUUUAGGGGUCUCUUCAAGAACCAAGCGUGCACCAAAAGAUACGAAUGUUAACGUCUAUAUUCAUGAAGUGAAAAAAGUUACUGGAGAUGAUAAAAUUGAGGUUCUCUAUCAUGUAGAGCUUUUGGGUAAACCUGUAGAUGCUUAUAUGGCUGCUAAUGACAUGACUUUAGUAACCGAUGAUGAAGUUAGGAAAGAGCUAGGGUAUCCUUUUCUUAUUAAGGCUGAACCCUACGUCAAAGCUGCAGAACCUCAAGGCCUAUUAAAAGCCAAAAACACAUGGUUCGUGAUAGGAGUGUCCAUAAUAGGAGUGCUGUUAAUUUUACUUGUUCUCGCAUUCCUUAGCUUGGGAUUUGCUAAAAAAAGUACAGGACGUCAACCUUCAAAUACUGGAUUAGAAAACAGAAGACAUAUAUUUGAAAGAAGUGUUGGCAACGAAAAUAAGGGCCUAGUUCAAGACGAGGAGAGCGUAAGCGAAUGCUUAAGAUCAAGAGAAAAUUCGUCAACUUACAUACAUUUUGGAAAUCAGCACAUGGCUUCAGUAGUCUUAAGGCCUCAAAGCUCAUUAAGUGCUGCAUCAUCCAGUUCCAGUUCGUUGGAUAUUUCUCCCUUAAUGAACCUAAACAAAAAACAUAAAACUCCACGAAAGAAACCAUCGAGACCAAGAGCAGCUUUAAAUAAGACUGUACCUCUCAAUACUACUAUCAGGCAACUACCAUCUGAAAUAUUCGAUUCGGACAGUAGCACCUCUAGAAAGGAUGAAUCUCCAGAAAUUCAAGAAAAUUUAGAUCCAGGCGUUAUGAGCCCCAAAAGUUUUUUAUCUAUGCCAAGCGUUAAAAGUUUUCCUAGAUCUCAAAUGCCAGAACCUCUAAAUAGAGUCUUGGAGCCCGUUAGUGUUACUCAUCUAGAUAUGCCAGACGGAUGUGAAUCUCUCUCCAGGCCAGACAGUUAUAGAAAAUAUGGCUCAGAUAUUUUGAUAAGACAUGGAAGUGUUGGGGCGAUGGAAGAUCCCGGAGUUAUUGGACCUGUUGUUUGGAGAAUGCAUUGCGAAGACCUUAGACAUGGUAUCAGCGUAGACCAGGGACUAAAUGACGUUAGAAAAGAUCUACAGGAUUCGAAUAACAUAUCAAGAAUGCGAAAACGUUUUCAUAACUUACUGGAUGAUACUUUCAGUUUGUUUACUAACAGUAGAAAAAAUAGUCCAGAACAUGGUCCUGUGGAUGACAGAAGCAGACCUAUUGCUAUUGAUGUUAAAAGUCACUCAGCAAAUGAUAAUAGACUAUUAGAAGCAUCCUCAUCGUUACCCCAACGUCCGAAAACCACUGGAACCAAACGACCAGAUUGCAAUUCAUCUGGCCCAACCUGUGCUUGGAGAAGUAUCGCCCCCUCUCCUUUAAUUAGACCAGCAAGCGCAGCUCCAGUUAUAGAAGUCAGUGGACCACCGAGUGCUAUUUCUAGUAGAACUCCUAGUGGUAUUUUAAAACCUCCAAAAGUUAAUGUAGAGAAUACUCUAGCUGAAGGAAAGUUUAAACCUUCUGAUUCUGCUAUAAGUGUUAUUGAAGCUAUUAAAAGUGAAAUUGAAAAGGUAACAUUUCCUGGUGGAAGAGUCCAGAAGUAAAAAGUAGGUUUUUCACAAUCAAUCUAAGGUUGUUCUAAGCACAUAAUUAGUCUUGGACUAAAAAAUUUCUUAUAAAUUAUUUACUGUUGUGUAAUCUAGUCUUAAAUAGGCUUUAUUGAUUUUUAGUUAAUAAUAUUUUUCUUUAUAUUUUAUAUAAGUUAUACUUAUGUUUUUGUUAUAACGUUUUAAAUUAUCGUUUUUUCAAUAAAAUUGUAUAAAAUAAA